CUCCAUAACCUCUUCUUUUCCAAGCCUCAACCAUUAUAAACCCAUCCAUCCCCUUCUCUUCUCUCUUUCCAUCGUAUCUUUCUCUCCUGUUUGAAGUAAUCGAAUUAAGCAAUCAAAUAAGAUGAGGAUGAUAGACUUGGGCAGCUACGGCGGGCCUCUUGGCAUCAUCGACACGUCGACCGCCGUCGACUGCAGCAAGGAUGUGCGCUUCCGCCGCUCCUUUCGCUCCCUCGUCGAGUGCAUGGUCCCCUGCUGCGGCUUCCAGCCUGCCGCCGCCGCCGACGACGACUCCGACGCCUCUACCACCACCACCUCCACCUCCACCGUCACCGGCACCUUCUUCGGGUACCGCCGCGGCCGUGUCAGCUUCUGCCUCCACGACGACUCCUCCUCCUCCCGCGCCGCCGCGCCGCUCCUCCUCCUCGAAUUCGCCGUCCCCACCGCCUACCUUGCCCGGGAGAUGCAGCACGGGCUCCUCCGCAUCGCGCUCGAAUGCGAUCGCGAUCGCGGUCGCGCCCGGCCAGCCUCGCUGUUCGGCGUGCCGGCCUGGUCCAUGUACUGCAACGGCCGGAAGGUGGGGUUCGCCGUCCGGCGGCAGAUGAGCGAGGGCGAUGCUGCGGUGUUUAAGCUCAUGCAGUCGAUGUCGGUGGGCGCCGGAGUUCUCCCCGGCGAGUCCAAGUCCGGCGACGGAGACCUCAUGUACCUGCGAGCGAGUUUCGAACGGGUCAUUGGCUCGGUGGACUCGGAGUCGUUUCAUAUGAUAAACCCGGUGGGGAGCACCGGGCAGCAGUUAAGUAUAUUUCUCUUAAGAACGUAAUUAAGUUUGUGAGCUAAUCAUGGCUAAUGGAAGCGCAAGCCGCGUAUUUUGUACUCAGACCAGAUGGUUAAGUGGAUGGCGGUGUCAACCUUGUACUAUAUUGGUAAUAGAAAAUUUUUAGCUUAUUUUUUUCUUUU